AUGGCCAACACCGAAGACCGCAUGAUAAUCGGGACGAACCGCACACCCACAAAUCCCACACCGUUAUCCGCGCCCCAAGAACAACAAGUCAAAGACCUGUACUACAAAAACGUGCGGGCGAAAUGCGCAAAGGAGAUUGAGACAUUCGCCCAAUGCGCCCUCGGCCGCACCUUCACAAUGAUAUACGCGUGUCGCCAACCACGACUGGCGAUGAAUAGUUGCAUGUUACAGUAUCAGAAUCAGGAUGAGUUGGAUAAGGCGAGGUUGGAGUGGUUUGCGUUGGCGGAGGAGAGGAGGCAGGCAAGGAUAGACCACCAAAGAAAGCUGGAAGAUGCGCGGGAAAAACACAAAGAAUGGUGGAAUCUAGAUGAGAGUGGGAGGACGCUGGGGAAGAGGGCGGAAACGGUUAAUGAGGAGGGACUGAGGAGGAAAGAGGAGAAUAGGGUUGAUGAUAGGGGCGUUACUAGGGGUGGAGUUUAUGGGUCGAGAUGA